CGCUUCUGCGGGGACCUGGACUGCCCCGACUGGGUGCUGGCCGAGAUCAGCACUCUGGCCAAAAUCUCGUCUAUGAAGCUGAAGCUGAUCUGCGCCCAAGUGCUGCGGGACCUGCUGGGCGAGGCCAUCGACUAUGAGAAGAUCCUGAAGCUGACCUCGGAUGCAAAGUUAGAGUCGGGGGAUGUGAAGGCAACUAUUGCUGUCCUCGGCUUCAUCCUCUCCAGUGCAGCCAAGCACAAUGUGGACAGCGAGUCCCUGUCGAGUGAGCUGCAGCAGCUGGGGCUGCCCAAAGAGCACGCCAGCGGGUUGUGCCGUUCCUACGAGGAGAAGCAGAGCUCCCUCCAGGACAGCCUCAGGGCCUGCAGCCUGCGAUUGAGCCAGCUGGGCUCGGUGCGCUGGCGGGUGGAUUACACCCUCAGCUCCAGUGAGCUGCAGGAGGUCAGUGAGCCCCUGGUGCACCUGACCUUCAACGUGCGGGAUGGGGAGCACGGGAAGUCAACUGCCAUCCCCAUGACCCUCUCGGCCGACAAGUUCCGAGUGCUGCUGGCAGGGGAGGAGGGGGAGCUGAAGCAGGCCCAGACCCUGAUGAACACCCUUUUCUGA